CGGCCAUCUGCUGCCCAUCCAAGGUUGUUCUUUUUUAUUAUACAUUUAUAUAACAAGGGAAGGCCCACAUCAGUCACUUCAUUGGCAAAUUAGCAUAAAAGAGAGGCAAAGCAAAGCAAAGCAAAGCACAGAAAAAAGGGAUCUCCAAUCCCCCACUCAUAUCCGUCAUCGAUCGCACCAAAAGCAUUGGCCUCUCCAAAAGAAAGGGCACCACCGUCCACCCCCACCGCACCAUCACCCCCAUUAAAAAGCAUGCAGUCACCACCCACCACAGACUCCACCCUUCUUCCAUCCCUCCUCUCCAAGUUGAAGCCUCCCUUAGCUCAAUUCCGACCCCAAGAUCCUCCUCCUCUCCCUUCUCCUUUUCAACUCCCUCUCACCCUCCUCUUCUCCUCCCUUUUCUCCACCCUCUAACUAUUAUACUCUCUGAUUUCCCCCCCCCUCUCUCUCUCUCCCCCUUAUCCAUCUCUAUGUGAAGAGCUGGUUAGAUGGAUACGUUGUUUAGAUUGGUGAGCCUCCAGUCAUCAGAUCAGCAAUCCUCCUUCAACUCCAACCGCACGUCGAGUAGCUCGAGAUCCUCGAAAGCCCACCACCACCACCAUUUCCUCCACCACCCCUUCCAAAACCAAGAAGAGGAGCUGUACAAAGAAGAAUGUGGAAACAAUUACCACCUUUACAUGGAUGAAGACUUCUCCUCCUCCUCUUCUUCCAAGCACUUCCACCCUCAACCUUCCACCACCACCACCACCACCACCCCGGCUCCCUCGACCGCCGCCACCACGCCGACCGCUUCCACUGCCCACGCACUCUUCGAGCCGGCCGACUUUUCCUUCCCACCGGACCUUAAUCUCGAUUUCGCCUCUCCGACCUCCUCUUCAUCGGCCGCUGCCGCCGCCGCCCCCGGCGCUGGCGGAGGAGGGUGGGCUGCGCAGCUGCUGUUGGAUUGUGCGCGGGCGGUGGCCGCCCGCGACUCGCAGCGCGUCCAGCAGCUGAUAUGGAUGCUGAAUGAGCUAGCGUCGCCCUACGGCGACACCGAGCAGAAGGUGGCGUCGUACUUUCUGCAGGCGCUCUUCGCCCGGCUGACCUCCGCCGGGGCCCGCACGCUCCGCACCCUCGCCGCCGCCUCCGACCGGACCUGCUCCUUCGACUCCACCCGCCGCACGGCCUUGAGAUUCCAGGAGCUCAGCCCCUGGUCCUCCUUCGGCCACGUCGCCGCCAACGGCGCCAUCCUCGAGUCCUUUCUCGACGCCGCCGCCGGUGGUGGGUCCCAGACGCAGCGGCUCCACAUCCUCGACCUCAGCAACACCUUCUGCACCCAGUGGCCUACUCUCCUGGAGGCGCUCGCCACCCGGUCGUCGGACGACACCCCGCACCUCUCGAUCACCACCGUCGUCUCCUCCGCCUCGCCGUCGGCCGCCGUCCAGAGGGUGAUGAAGGAGAUCGGGCAGAGAAUGGAGAAGUUCGCGCGGCUCAUGGGUGUGCCGUUCAAAUUCAACGUCAUCCACCACGCCGGCGAUCUAUCGGAGCUCGACCUCGAUCGCCUCGACCUCCAGGACGGCGGCGGCGCGGCGCUGGCUGUCAACUGCGUCAACGCCCUCCACGGCGUGUCCCCCGCCGGCCGCCGGCGGGACGCGUUCAUCGCUUCCCUCCGCCGGCUGCAGCCGCGGAUCGUGACGGUGGUGGAGGAGGAGGCGGACCUCGAGGCGGCCGGCGGCGGCGAUGGCGGAGGGGAGGAAGGGGAGGAGGGGUUCUUGAAGGGGUUCAGGGAGAGUUUGAGGUUCUUCUCGGCCUACUUCGACUCGCUCGAGGAGAGCUUUCCGAGGACGAGCAACGAGAGGCUGGCGCUGGAGCGGGCGGCGGGGCGGGCGGUGGUGGACCUGGUGGCGUGCCCGGCGGCUGAGUCGGCGGAGCGGAGGGAGACGGCGGCGGGGUGGUCGCGGCGGAUGCGGGCUGCGGGUUUCGUGCCGGCGGCGUUCAGUGAGGACGUGGCGGACGACGUGAGGGCGCUGCUGAGGAGGUAUAGGGAGGGGUGGUCGAUGCGGGCGGCGGAGGAGGCAGAGGACCCCUGCGGCGCCGCUGCCGGAAUCUUUCUCGCGUGGAAGGACCAGCCUGUGGUAUGGGCGAGCGCGUGGAAGCCAUGAAAGAUGGCGGGAGAGGAGACCGAAAGAGAAAAGCCAAAGCCUAGCCAUUGGCACGUGCGGUGGAGCGGGAGUGUUGUGUUUUAAAAUGGCUCGCACGUGGGAACUGGAAACCAGGGCCGAGGAAGGAGAGCGGGGAAGAGAGAGAAGGACGGAACGCAAUGGAUGCGCGAGAAAGAAAGGAGGAAAGAGAAAAGGAGAGAAUAUUUUUAAUUUUUAUCACAAGAUAUUGUCAUCAUGACGGCUAUUAUUCUCUCCCUUGUUUCCAUAGUUUCUUUUCAUUUUUUAACUUUGCUUGUGUUUUGUAUGUGAGUCUUAUAUGUGAUUUUGGUUGUUUGUAUAAGACUCGCAGAAAGGUUUCGAGAAUUCAGAUAAAAAAAAAAAAAAUUCUUUAAA